UUGCUCGAAUCCCUCAAUGGGAGGAUUUCUUCCAAAAGAAAUAGGAAAUUUGAAGAGUUUAGUUGAAUUAGACUUGAGUAACAACAGAUUUUCUGGCAACAUUCCUCAAACUCUUGGACAAUUGUCCAACCUCGACUUCCUUGACCUCAGCAAUAAUCACUUCAAUGGGACAAUUCCUUCGGCUCUUUUUAAUUUGACAAAUCUUUCCCGACUAGAUAUUCACUCAAAUCCCUCAAUGGGAGGAUUUCUCCCAGAAGAAAUAGGAAAUUUGAAGAGUUUAGUUGAAUUAGACUUCAGUGACCUUAAUCUUUCAGGUGCCCUUCCUUCAGCUCUUUGCGGUCUAACCAAACUAGUAUCUCUUUCAGGUGCUAAGAAUCAAAUAUAUGGUUCCAUUCCCUCUGAAAUAGGAAAUUUGAAAAUUUUGAAAUAUCUCGAUCUUGGGUCCAACCGGCUGACUGGUCAAAUCCCUUCGAACCUUAGCAAUCUGCCGUUUCUACAAAUUCUAGAUCUUUCCUCAAACCAACUUACAGGCCCAAUUCCUACCCAAUUUGGCGAUGACAUUCUUAAAUCCGAGUGGUACCUUUGGACUUUGGAUCUUUCCCACAAUAUUCUCUCUGGCACUGUCCCCUCAUCUCUUCUGCGACUGGGCAACGUCGACCUGUCCUAUAAUACUUUGGAAGGUGAACUUCCGUGCGAGCUUGUCAUUGAGUUUGGUUUAGAAAGAUUUGCCGGCAAUCCAGGCUUGCGUCACGAUUCCACUCUUUGUGGCGCAUCUCCUUCUGUUGUGGGAAACCAUAGACAUCACACCCCAUACUACAUCAUAGGUCUUGGCGUAUCCUUGGGGGCGUUCUCAUUAAUUGGCGGAUUAGCAAUUUAUAUCUUCUGCAAAACCAAAGUCAAGAAAGUGGAAGUUGAGCUGAUAGACAAUAAACACGGAGACAUGUUUAGAAUUUGGAACUAUGAUGGAAAUAUGGCUUAUGAAGACAUAAUUAAAGCAACCAAUGAUUUUGAUGUCAGUUAUUGCAUCGGGACAGGGGGUUAUGGCAGCGUGUACAGAGCUCAGUUGCCAAGUGGGAAACUAGUGGCUUUGAAAAAGCUUCACCGUUUGGAAGGCGAGAAUCUGAAUUUUGACAAGAGCUUUAGGAAUGAAGCCAACAUGCUAUCUAAAAUCAGGCACAGGAACAUUGUAAAGCUCUUUGGAUUCUGUCUGCACCAGCGAUGCAUGUUUCUGAUUUAUGAGUACAUGGACAGAGGAAGCUUGUUUUGUAUCUUGAGAGAUGAAAGUGAAGCUGUGGAGCUGGAUUGGGUUAAAAGAGUGAAUUUGAUCAAGGGCAUUGCCGGUGCAUUGUCCUACUUGCAUCAUGAUUGUGAUCCGCCAAUCAUUCACAGGGAUGUAUCAAGCAACAACAUUCUUUUGAAUUCACAGCUUGAAGCAACUCUUUCUGACUUUGGAACUGCGAGGAUUUUGGAACUUGAUUCAUCGAAUCAAACAGUCAUUGCAGGCACCUUUGGCUACAUGGCACCAGAGCUAGCCUAUACCAUGGUGGUCACCGAAAAGUCUGAUGCGUAUAGCUUUGGCGUUGUGGUGCUGGAAACGCUGUUUGGAAAGCAUCCACAAGAUUUCCUUUCCUCCUUUUCAUCACAACCCAAUGAACCAACAAUGCUGAAGGAUCUUCUUGAUGCCCGUCUGCCCCCUCCGACUAACCCUUUGGUGGUUCGUAAUGUGGUUUUCGCAACAGCGUUAGCCCUGGAUUGCAUCAACGCAAACCCGAAAUGUCGACCAACAAUGCAGCAAGUGGUGAACCGAUUUGAAGUGGGCAGGCGAGAAUCAACUAGGCCUUUGCACACCAUUGCUGUGAAUCAGCUUGUUAGUCCAGUAUUUUCACUGCGUGACCAAAACCACACAGAUGGACAAGUGGUUUAAGCACUACAAAUGAAUUCCAAGUGGAUAUCUCUGCCGUCAUCCAAUUUUUCUGUCCAUGUUUUUACCUAAACAACUUUGACAUCUGGUAGGAAACAGAAUAAGAUCGUGCUUUGCAAAAUAGAAACUUGACCAACCACUUAGAUUGCUACAUACUACCAUUUAGUGUGCUAAUGAAAAUAAAGGGUACUAAUUAAUGAACAA